AUGCCGAUCGAGAUAGCGGCGGCCUUCAGCGUUACUGCUAGCGCACUCAAAUUGACAUGGGAAUUCGUGCGGAUUGCUGUGGAGAUCGAGGGAGCCCCCGAGAACGCGCGUGUGUUCGUGAGACUGGUACGCCAGGUCAAACAAGAUCUCGAGCAUGCACUCGAAUGUAGAGCCGAAGUGCUCUCGAGCCAUAGCAAUGGAAGCAUCAAUGACCUGCCACCUCAUUACGGCAUCUGGAUCCGCAACACGCUGCAGGCCGUUAUGGAUGAGCUUGAAGAUUUCACUUUGUAUCUCGAUAAACGCGCCGAGGGCCGCGAUCUGCCCGACCGGGUGCGAUAUCUGCUAUUCAAAUUCCCCGAGCUAACUCACCGUGAGCGUGGUCUCCGGAUAGCCCAUGCAAGACUUUUGCAGGCCAUUGGACUCAUGCACCUAGUCACAAUAUCUGGUGGCCACGGCCAGUCGGGAAAAUCCUCUGCCGCCGGUGCCUUACCAGUUGGGAGUCCAUCUCCAAAGUCCUCAUUGCACUCUCCAAGUUCCCCAGACGCCUCGCUUCCUAGUCAACUACCGUUGAGGAGGAGAGCAUCGAGGAGACCACCGGGGCUGCAACCACAUACACCUAUUUCAUCAACAGAAGAACCGGAGUCAAGUGCAAAUCCUCUACCAGAAAUGCCGGCAAAGUUUUCGAAACGUGAGGAUGAAGAUGGUGUUAAUGGUAAUCAAGUUCUGGAGUACAUUUAUGAACUUGACAGCCACUAUGGAGUCUGA